GCCAUACAGGAAUCUCUGCUGUCCGCAUCGCGCCUGUUUUUUUUUCCCUCUCGUGCUGUUAACUUUCUUAUUAAAACUUUCUUACUGUUUUGGAUGGAAUUAUAUGUGAUUUAUAUUAUAUUAGUGCAAAGGAAUGAACAAACUGUCGACUAGACAACAAACUCUGAGGAAUUUGAAUGUUUAGUUUAAACGCGCGUGAGGAGAAAGGAAUUCAAAUUUUUAUUCAUUUUUAAUCCGCGUGCGUUUCAAUCAAUAACGGAAUUAACGGUCGCUCUGGAUUAGCUUCAUGCUACACAUCAUCAGAAUGAGGAAUUUUGGGAUGGAGCUGCUCCUCAUGAUGCUCACCUCAGGUGUGUGGCUCAUCCCAACAUGUGACGCUCAAGAAUGCGGAAGGCCUCUUGUGGGAACUCGGAUCGUAGGAGGCAGUGAGGCGCGAGACGGGGCGUGGCCGUGGCAAGUGGACAUCCAGAUGGGAACAAGCGGCCAUGUCUGUGGAGGAUCCAUCAUCUCCAGUGACUGGGUUCUGUCUGCGGCACACUGUUUUCCCAACCCAUCAGAUGUGUCCUCAUACCAUCUCUACAUGGGUCGCUAUCAGCUCGACGGCACUAACCAGUUUGAGACGUCGAGAGAAGUGAAGAGGGUGGUGGUGGCACACGGGUACUCGACCCCUCAGGAGGGCAGAGACGUGGCACUCGUAGAGCUGAGCUCGCCGCUCGCCUGGACGUCCCACAUCCAGCCCGUGUGUCUUCCCAACGCCGACUUCCAGUUCUACGCUGGAACCAUGUGCUACGUCACAGGCUGGGGGGACACACAGGAGGGAGUCUCGCUGUCUGGAGUCGGGACGCUACGGGAAGUCGGAGUGCCCAUUAUUGACCAAGAUUCCUGCAACUCCAUGUACCAGAUGGACUCGUAUAACUUGGACAAGGUGUCCAUCCUGUCAGACAUGAUCUGUGCUGGAUACCAGGAGGGGGGCAAGGACUCGUGUCAGGGGGACUCUGGCGGACCCCUCGUCUGUUCCGUCGGGAACGGCACGUGGAUCCAGGCGGGCGUCGUGAGUUUCGGACUGGGAUGCGCUCAGAAGAACAGACCCGGCGUGUACGCCAGAGUGUCGAGCUUCGCGGGCCUGAUCCGCUCCACGGUGCCGGACGCCCAGCUGCUGGAUCGCGCCUGUCAGCGUGCGGCUCACAGCCUGGUGGUGCUCAGUGUGGCUCUCACAGCAGUGAUGUUGGGUAGGUAGUGACCGUGUUCAGUGGACCCACGCUGUAAUACUGACCUGCGGCACGGACACGGCCGAUUACACCAUCUCGCACUCUGGAGCCGCGCCCAACACUCUCUCUAUCUAACAGUCAUCAUAAAGCAGCAGCGGUGCUCAAACGGGAAACAAAUCAACUAUCAGGUGUUUAAUAAGGUUUGCUGAUAAACAGCUGAUCUGGUGUAUUUAAUGAAUUAAUCCCCAUCGUUUACUGCCAUGCUCGAUAAAUCAAACGCUAUUAGGAAGGAUUUCAGAUAAACAGCUGUUUAAGUGGAAUGGCUGAACCCAAACCAUAGUGUUUAUUUUUAUAAAUCUAAAAUGCAUCAUUCUUUUUUUUUAUUUUAUUUUAAAUGAAUGAAAUAAUGACUUCAGUGUGUGUUGUGUAUUUACCUCUAAGUUAAAACUUCAGUAAGUGUUUAUCACCGCUUCAUUUUAUAACCUUAAACCCGCUAUUUUUAAGCACCAAAGUGUUUAAUGAAUAUAAUGAGAUAUAUUUGCUGAAAUAUAAUGAUGGAUGGCUUACAUCAGACUCCUCUGUUUUGUUUGUUGGUAAUUUACUCACUGGAACAAUUAACGUUAUUCAUUUCAGAAGUUUAUUGUCCAGGAAAAAUGGAAAUAGAGCCUGUUUCUUAUCCAGCGUUCAUUUUCUUUUCCACCUGAAUUCACACGGACAAGAAAUAAUCAACAUGAUCAGUGCUCUUCACUCUCCAUCUUACACCACGGCAAAAACUCUCAUUCAUAACCUUCAUAUUUCACAAUAUCUGUUUAUAUUUAACACACACACACUUUUUAUAUAGAAAUAAUGGGCCUCAUAUAUCAAGCUGGAUAUGAAGGGAUUUAUUCGUAAAUCCUUCCUACGAUCGUUUCUAUAAGAAAUUCAAUAAAAGGUUCGUAUCCUACUCGUGCUCCUGAGUGUGUGUAAAUUUACUCAUAAGAAGAAUAACUGACGUAAACCUCGACCUGAUGGACUUCAGAUCCUAUAAUCUGCAGGGAUUACUGCACUUUUCUCUCUGGAACAUUCUGUGGAGUUUAAACUGUUUGUGUUUAUGACGUUUGCAGCGUUUAGCAGACGCCCUUAUCCAGAGCGACUGAUAGAAGAGCUUUAGAGUCUCGAUCAGAAACACGUCCUCAUGCUAGUUCACUCGCUCAGGGACUCAGAGCUCCAUCCACGACAUUUACUCAAAACCAGACGCUUUAUUUUAUUGGCUUUAAUUAAAGAAUAUAAAAAUAAAGAAAGAAAGCUAAUCAAUACAAACCUUUACACUGAGACAAAUAAAACUAAUCAUUCAGUUAUGAUAAAGAAACAGCGGUGUAUAAGCGGAGGACGAGCCGCUCUGUCUGCGCAGAGCCGUAAGCCGUAAACAAACGCCUCAGCUGACGGAGGAUUUAGCGCUCGCUUAUUAUUACUAAUAUUAAAUAUUUUCAAAUGUAUUUAUUGGCAUAGAAGUGAGUCAAAAUAACUUCCACUUCUGUUUUUCAGUCUUCACCCUGAUCGCUCAUUUCGUGCUCCCAGCUGUCUGUGCGCUUUACCUUUUUACCUUUUAUGGAGUUUUGUGGGCGUCGCUACGUGUAAAUGAGGCGUGUCAGGAGCGAGCUUUGAGUACACGAGCACGAAGAAAAUCAGCGUUUCUGAAACGUUUGUAAAUCCAGUGGAAGCUUUUAGUUCGGUUCGGUUUACGCAAACA